AUAUGUUCAUCGCACAGUUACAAGUGAAAUACAGUGUUCCCUCGUCUAUCGCGGGGAUCGAUUCCCGAAAUAGCCCGCACUAAGUGAAAUCCGCGAAGGAGCCAACUUCAUUUCUCAAUGAUUAUAUACUGUAUGUUUUAAGGCUGUUCAACCCCUCACCAUGCACUUUAUACACUUUUCUCAGACAGGCAAUAACAUUUUCUCCUGUUUGAACGCUCGCAAAAUAGUUCAAACCUUUGUUUGAAUUUUAACGAUUAACCUACAGGUAUGACCCAACAAAUUAUUAAGUCACUCACACGUAACCUGGCCCCGUUCCGCUGUACUGUAGCGUUUUUGUAUCCUUGUUAAAACAUAUGCAAGCUAGCUAGCAAGCUAGCGAUGACACAGGCACAAAGGAGAUUGAUUGACAAUGGUCUACAGCCAAUCAGGUCGCAGAAAACAAUGGGCGGUGCAGCCAAAUGAGAGAGGGAAGAGAGAGACCCUCAACUUCCCACAAUGCAAUUCUUCUUAAAGGGCCAGGCUCGGCCUGUAACAGCGUUCAUAUGCUGUAAUUUAAAAAAUUCCGCCAAACAGCGAAUCCACGAAAGGUGAACCGCGAUUCAGCAAGGGAACACUAUCUGAUUUUGUGGUCUUUUUUUUAAUAUUUAAGUUUAAAUGAUGCAUUAUUUGUGUGCAUGCACUUAUCGUGUUCUUCCUCAUUUCCUUGAUAAAAUGCCUUAAUAAAUUCCUUGUGAUGCACUUUGGACGUGUCAUUAUGUGUAUUCAUGUUUAACAAAAUGACAGGUGAUUUGAAAAACAAUACAUUUGCUUGGUUUGGUUUAAAUAAAAUAAAUAAAUAAUGACGGAAUAAAUAAAUAUAACAAUAAAAAUACUUAAAAGUGCAAACAAAUUAUACAAAUUAAAAUUAAAUCAAAGUUAAAAAUACGAAAACAAAAAAGGAAAAACGUGUAAAAUACUAUUAAAAAAUACAAAGGUCUUUGUAAAAAUAAAUAAAUGAAAAUUACAAAUAAAGUUAAAUUAAUAAAAUGGCUUAAAAGUGUGCAAAAUAACAAAAAUAAAAAUGACAAUGAAAUGUGUGAUAAAAAUAAAUUAAAAAUGAGUGUAAAAUGUAAUAAAAACAUAAAAGACUUAAAAAGUCAUAAAAAGAAAUACAAAUGAAGAAUAAAUUUAAAUGAAAGUAGGUUGCGACUUAAUGACCAAUGGAAAAUGUGGGUCACAGGUUGAGACCAUUUGAGAACCCCGUUCUAAUCCACUGACCUCAUUGUUGACCAGCAGGUCCAAAGGCAACAUGGAGGCGCGUGAGAAUCCCUGUUCCUGGUCCCGACUCAGGUCCUGCGAGGUGAUGUUGGCCUCCAUGAGCGCGUCCUUGAUGAGGAUGGACAGCGCUCGCAGGAUGAAGGAGGCAAAGAGGUUCAUGUGGAUGUUGUUCCUCAUGCAGUGCAGCUUCCUAUUCAACGAGAGAUGGAGGUGGAGAUGAGGCCUGACAGGAGGAGAGAGCGUUAAGAGUAGAGGUGACGGCCAUGAAUCACCAUGCGGACACAAGCCAGACAGCCCGUCAGCUACAUAAACAGAGGCUCUGCUUACGAGUGACGCUUCAGGAAAACAAGUGAACUGUCACCCCGGUCCCGUGAUGCUCUCUGGUACCUGCCUGGAGAUCCGAAAGAGGACCAAAGUCCACAAUAAUGGACACCAAUGCAUCCUGGCCAACGGUCCCGACUCCCGCCAACGUCACCUCUUUCAACAACGCCACGGUCAAACCCUUCAGCGUCUUCGACGGCUGCGAAUCCCUUGUGGAGGGAAUCCUGUUCGACCUCACCCUCCAGAGUAUCAACGUGCUGGUGGGGAUCCCCGCCAACAUCCUCGUCAUCGCCAUCCUCAUCUGCAACCGCAAACAACCAUCGACUUCAGACAUCUACCUGGGCUCCCUGGCCUUCAUGGAUGCCUACUUUGGCUCCAUGACCCCGGUCAGCUUCCUCAAUCUCUACCACUGGCAGAGCAAGGAGGUGUGGACCGCCAUUAAGUUCUCCUACGGCGUCAAGGACACCAGCGGGCCCUUGUUCCUCUCCUGCAUCUGCUUGGAUCGCUUCAUCGCCGUGCUCUUCCCGCUCACAUUCGGCCAACUCAAACACAUCAAGUACCGUCUGAGUCUGUCCGUGUUGGUGUUCUGCCUCACCUUCGCCUAUUCCGCCGCCAAGGUGGUGGGCGGCCUCCCCAACUUCGAGAAGGUGUUCACCGGGGAGAUCCUGGCGACCUUCACUUGGAUGAUAGUGUGCAACGCGUGCAUCCUGUGGACGCUGAAGAAAUCCAGCGGUGCGGGGAAAGACGACAUGCACCCCAUGAAGAGGAAGGCCUUCAAGAUCGUGCUGUCAAUCCUUUGCAUCAUCGUGUUCACCUACCUGCUGCCCGUUGCCCUAUUCCCCUUUGAGGACUACUACGCCCCCGACGUGUUCCGCUGCUACGUGCAACCUGUGGGCUUCGCCUUCCUCAACAUCAGCAGCACCAUUCAGCCCCUCGUCUACCUGUCUCGCCUGGACAAGGUGCCCUUCCUGUCGGAGAGCUGCGUUAAAAAAUGGUGCCGCUUUGUCGCUCCAGAGAAGGACAAAAACCAACCUGGACAAAACCAAUCUACAUAGGACUGCAGUCUAGUUCUUUGUAGUCUGGGGAAAAUACUUUAACUUCAAAGACUGUUUGACAAGCCUCCAUAAAGUCAACACUUUGACUUUGGCGUCCCCGUGUGUACAUCAGGUGCAAAUUCCCUACCUAGACGUCAUAAACACUUGAUAUGUAAGAGCAUUAAACACUGUAUGAGCAAGGUAUAAUGUGCAUUUCUUACUUGGUCAAAAUAAUAGAGCCAGGGCUACACUUAGCUGCCUUCCAAACGUUAAUGGGAAACAUGGAGGUAAAAGUUCAGGUGAAUGAUAGCAAUGAAAAAAUGCAGGGGAACCCCAACAGUAAACAGAAGUUAACCACUCUUAACAAUUAGACUAAAUAGAACUCUUUUGCUUUUAAUGAUGGGUGAAAGUGGAAAGGGAGGCCUGCCGAAGUCGAGUCAGCGUCUUGCCUCGCCCUCGUGUGAUACAAGUGUAAAAAAAUAGUUACCGGUAACCGUUUUUAAUAAGAAACCCCAAAAAACCUAACUACUUAUGCUUUGAUGACGUGUAAAAAAGAGGCCGAACGAAGGCGAGGCGAUAUCACAUAUUGACUUUUUAAUGUUUUGUUUUUUUACUUAAAGUGUAAAACA